AUGCAGCUUCGGCAUUCUAACCAAGGAGAAGGAGCGAUGACCAAUGUCGGUGUACUAGCCAAGCGGUGGUGCAUUAUGGACGCUCAAAACGGUAUUGGUGUACGCUGUGCGGGAACUCACUUCUAUUCUUCAAACGUCCUACUGCCAAAAAGUUAUUUGUGCUUGGAACAGUCAAAGAUCCGAGAAGCGCCUCGUUCUUCAGAGGAAGAAUCUGAUGCCAGCGAUGGUUUACAGUCGUCCCAACAAUAUUCGGUCGAACUGACUACCGCAGAGGGGGACUCUGUGUACUUGAUUUUUCUCUCUGCUGAAGACAAGUCGAUAUACCUGUUCAGCACGGUGCCAAUUCAUGGUGGAGCUGAAGAUUACCACGUCGACUUGUCGCAGAACGCCUUGCAAUUGGUGAUGAAUUCGCCGGGCAUCCGAGAGGAGUUCUUUUGUCAACUGAUUAAGUUCAUCAACAGCCAUUUACUUUCACAUCAGACAUGGCAGUUGCUGGCCCUCUGCUUGUCGCUAUUCACUCCGGUCCAUUAUCCUGUCAUGUGGCUUCUCAAAAAAUUUUUACAGAACCAAACUUCUACAAAGUAAGU